AUUGUUUGUUGAAUCAUACCCUACCAUAUUAUUCAUUGCUACGGACGGGAUCUCGCGGGUAAGGAGCAAAGUGGUGCACAUAUUUGGGCUGAGAACGGUUUUUGUCUUUUCUGGUGUGCAAAAGUCUAGCCUUUCAGCUAAUUUUAUGUUUUGUGAUCGUCGGACGAGUCGUGUUUAGUUGGAACGUCGAUUGGAUAGAUAAAACGUGUGAUUUGUGUAAUUAUCGAACUAGUUAUUCCUUCGAUUCCGUAGCCAAGCUGGAGAAUGUAAUCACCGGAUCCGGGAAAUUCGCGGGUGCAUUAUAUAUGAGAAAAGUAUGAAGAUUGAGUAAAGACUCGUUACUACUUGUGCAAAAUUUUCAUCCGAUAGCAUAAAACAGUGAGAUUUUAGAAGCAAUCGAUACUGCUGUUGUGACUGGUGAUAAAAACCUACAGUGAUCGAAAGUGUACAUCCCAGUGACAGAAGUUCUAGCGAAAACUUAAUCCUUUGAUAUCCCGAUUACACAGCAGCUGAAACGCAAACAAAGGGAGGAAAUCAUCCCUGAUAAGGUCACGCGAGACAAGGAAGCUGCGAGCAACGGAAGUUUUCGGGAACACUUUUGAGAGGAGAACAAAGUAGAAUGGCUUUGGAUUUUGCGGCAACAUAUAAAGUGCUGGUACUAGGUGAUUCCAAUGUUGGCAAAACAUGCAUCGUACAUCGAUACUGCGAUGAAAGAUAUUACGAUACCUAUAUUUCAACAAUCGGCAUCGAUUUCAAGCAAAAGUUAAUCAAUCUAGAUGGAGUACCAAUCAAGCUGCAGAUUUGGGACACUGCUGGUCAGGAACGCUUCCGAACCCUGACGACCGCAUACUAUCGGGGUGCGAUGGGUAUCUUGCUCAUGUACGAUGUUACCAGUCUAGAGUCGUUCAACAAUCUGUCCUACUGGCUGCGGAACAUUCAGGAGAAUGCGUCACCGGAUGUGGUAAAGGUGCUGGCUGGCAACAAGUGCGAGUGCAAUCCACCCCAGCGAGCAGUGGAUAAGGAGCGAGGAGAUAAGAUCGCAGAAAACUUCGACAUGCCAUUUUUCGAAGUGUCUUGUAAGCAGAACAUAAACAUUGAGGAUGCUUUUCUAACGUUGGCCCGUAAGAUUCGCGAACAACGAGAGCAUCGGGGUGAAAACUUCGACGAUGGAGAACGUCAGAAGGGUUUGCAGGAUAUGAUCAAGAAUGGACCCGGAUCCAAUGGGCUAGGGCCGUUCACGUUAGGCAGUGGCGGUGAGGGUGGACGAUGUUCCUGCUAAGGAGGUGGCGUUUCUGGAUUAUCUGUCCUCCGGAGGUGUACUACAGAGACAAAGCAAGAUAUUGCGUUGAAAAGACUCAAACUAUUGAAUUGAUAAUUUUUAUUUACGAUCCUUAUUACGUUAGGACAUACUAUGAACAAAGUUUCACUAUUAUGUUCUGUUCUUUCAUGAGGGAGGCUGGAUAAACAGCUCGAAGGUGCACAAAUUUUAGAAACAGGUGGUAUCUUUUUAUAAAGAGAGUGACUGUAGAGAACAAUGUAUUAGUGAACUGAAAUGAAGUAUUAAAUCGGUACUCAUAUCAUAUUAAGUAGUGCAGAUUACCAAAAUAGGAGAUUCGGAUAGUUAUAUAAACUUAUGGACAUUUAAUUGGUUAUGGGAAAAAGUAUUAAAUAUCAACGAUUAUGUUCAAGUUUAUCUCAUCGGUUUAUUUCCUUUUUCCAUGAAUCACUCCUUCGAGAGACAAUGAGCUCUUAAUCAUAAGUGUCUAUUGCUAAACUAGAUACCCAUAACGUAGCGUAAACACUUUUAAAUAGUAAGAAAAUCACCGAAACAAAACAAAAUUUUACUGUCUUUCAGCAGCCAUAUUUGUUCGCUUGUUGGUUGCGUAUAUGAAAAAUAGCCUUGUUCGAAACAUAAAACGAAUACAGUUAUACUUUAUUGAUAGGAUCACCUGACUGUUGUAUUGCUUCUGAUAUUAAAUAAGGGGCAGGCAUGCUCGAAUCAAAAAUGAGCAUGAAAGCGAAAAAAUAAUUUUGACAUCUUAUUCAAGAACCACAGCGAUGUUAAUUUCAGUUUAACUUUCAUUUAUGUCAAUGUGAUAAGAGUCGCUGGGAACCGAUUUUGUUUUUCAAUUUAAAUCGUGCAAUGAAACAAACCAUUCGAUUCGCUUCAGUUUAGGAAUGAACAAACUAAAUAUAUUACGAACUAAUUAUUAUUAUUAUCUAGGAAAUAACCCAAACGAAAUAUUUGCAUAGUUUGCAAAGUCUUGAAAAAAAUUACAUUACAUUUAACCGGAAUAAGAGAAUGAAACUGACAAAUGGAACAAGAUGAAGAUGAAGAACAAAAAAGCUGAACACAAGGCGAAUUUGAUCGAAUAAUAUUUUUGAUUAUUGUGUCCGGAAGGACAUGACGAUUGUGGGUGAAAUUAUACUAAAGAUUUAGUAGAAAUAGAAGCUGAUGUCAAUGUUGGGUAUGGGAAGUAAUACGAAACUGUACGAGGAGAAAAACUGCAAUGUAAUUGAUAGUUUCCUUUCGAAUAUUUAAAUAAUAAAAAACUGGAUUACUACGCCAAA